AUGUCCCUACCUCAGGAAAACGGAACGAAAGCCAACAGCCCCGUCGUAUGCGUUUUCUGCGGCUCAGCACCCGGCACCUCUCCAGCACACAUCUCUCAAGCCCGCGCGCUCGCCCAAACCUUCCACCAGCACGGCAUCAAACUCGUCUUCGGCGGCGGCACCUCUGGCGUCAUGGGUGCCCUAGCCGCCGAACUCGUCCGCCUAUCGGGCCCCAGCGCCGUGCACGGCGUGAUUCCCACUGCGUUGAUUAGAUUCGAGCGGAAUUACGACGACGUGACUGAGAAGGAGGAGAAGGAAAAGGCCGACGAGAUGACCUUUGGCAAAACGACCCGCGUGCCGGAUAUGCACACGCGGAAACAGACGAUGGUGCGCGAAGUCCUGGAGGGAGGACCCGGGAGUGGAUUCGUGGCGUUGAGCGGUGGUUAUGGGACUUUGGAGGAGUUGAUGGAGAUAACAACAUGGAACCAACUCGGCAUCCACGACAAACCCAUCGUCAUUUUCAACGUAGAAGGCUACUGGGAAGGCCUGCUGCACUGGAUCCAAACAGCGACGGAAGCAGGCUUCGUGCGCAAGGGCAAUGCGGAGAUUUUGGUCGAGGCGCAUUCGGCAGAAGAUGUUGUGGAGCGAUUGCGGGAUUAUGAGACGGCGGGUGGGCGGUUGGAGUUGGAUUGGGAGAAGUAG